AUGAAGAGCGUGUCAUGGUUACCCAUAUUUCUUUCGGGAACAUUUCUUGUUGGAGCGAAGACAAUUGCCCCUAAAGUAGUCAUCGUCGACUUCUACGACGACGAAGCCAACAUUUGGUACGGGAUACCAGACUUCGAUCUCCUUGCACAAAAUAUCAGUGUGCCCGGUCUAUCUUCCAUGUAUCCCGAUGUUCACUGCACGGCGAACGGCGAGAUCUGCCAAGUGAUCACCGAUGAAGGCGAGAUCAAUGCGGCGGCGACGGCCACUGCGUUUGUCCUGUCUGAUCGUUUCGACCUGCGCAAGUCGUACUUCCUGCUCGCGGGCGACGCCGGGAUCAGCCCCAAAGUCAGCACUCUCGGGUCCGUGGCUUUCGCGCGUUUUUCGGUGCAAGUCGCUCUCCAGUACGAGUUCGACGCCCGCGAAAGGCCGGAAGGCUCGCCGACCGGUUAUAUACCGCAAGGAACGACCGGCUACAACCAGUAUCCGCAGUACAUCUACGGCACAGAAGUGUACGAACUGAACGAUGCACUACGUCAGCGGGCCAUCGACUUCGCACGCAAAGCGACGCUGAAUGACACUGCCGAUGCGCGCGCAUAUCGCGCGACAUACGCUGGGAACGAGAGUUACACUCCUGCAAUAUCAACGCCUUCUGUAGUGGGUUGCGAUACGGCUACGUCAGACGUGUGGUUCUCGGGAAACCUGCUCGCCUCUGCGUUCGAAGACGCCAUGACCCUCUUCACCAAUGGUUCUGCAAAUUAUUGCACGACACAGCAAGAAGACAGCGGAGUUCUAGCUGCACUCGUGCGUGGAAAUGUCGCCGGGCUUGUAGAUUUCACCCGCACAAUGUCCAUGCGGACGGCGUCGGACUUCGACAGGCCCGCUCCAGGCGUGCAAGCAGCGGACAAUCUCUUCAAUGGGCAGAACGCCGGGUACGACGCAGCAGUUGAGAAUAUCUAUCUCGCGGGCGUGCAGGUCGUACAAGGAAUCAUCGAACACUGGGAUGAUACGUUCUGUGAGGGCGUAAAGCCGGAGAACUACGUUGGCGACAUACGUGGAUCUCUCGGAGGCUCUCGCGUAGUGGCCGCGAAUGAUGUGUAG